AUGGUCCCUGUUCCUGCCUCUCUCCGUCACGCCCACUCUUCCCGUUUGCUCUAUACUCUCCUCACUCUAUCCGCACAACAUGUUCAGCGCCUCCUGCGCCGCGACGGCGCCACUGUCAACCCUCCUGAACGCAGAUCCACGCGUUUCGACCCCCAUACUCCUAAGGAAAUCCUCUUCGUCAUCCUCAUCCCAGUUCUUGUGCUCUUGUCGGGUGUAUUUGCCGGAUUAACAUUGGGCUAUAUGAGUCUCGAUGAGACUCAGCUAAAUGUACUGAGCAUCAGUGGCACCCCUAAACAGAAGGAGUAUGCAAACAAGAUUAAACCUGUUCGAAAGAACGGUCAUUUGCUGCUUGUUACCCUCCUUCUGGCCAACAUGAUUGUCAACGAGAGUCUUCCCGUCAUCGCAGACCCAGUCUUGGGAGGCGGCGUGCCCAGUGUCGUUGUCAGCACUGUUCUCAUCGUCAUCUUCGCGGAAAUCAUUCCUCAAUCCCUCUUUACCCGCCAUGGUCUUUACUUGGGCGCGAAAAUGGCGGGAUUUACACGGUUCUUGAUUUACGCGAUGGGAAUCAUUGCAUGGCCGGUUGCCAAAUUCCUUGAGUUCGUUCUUGGAAGACACCACGGAAUUAUUUACAGACGCGCAGAGCUUAAGGAACUUAUUGCAAUGCACUCCUCGCAUGCCACCCAUGGUGGAGACCUGAAGACCGACACCGUCACCAUCAUCGGGGCAACUCUCGAUCUUCAAGAAAAGGUCGUCAAACAGGCAAUGACUCCUAUCAGCGACGUCUUUAUGCUUUCAAUCGAUUCAAAGCUCGAUUACAACACCCUCACAAAGGUCUGCGCAACUGGGCACAGUCGUAUUCCAGUUUACGAGGAAGUAGAUGUUUUGGUGUCUUCUAUCGCGCCCAAUGGCACAAUCACACCGGCACAGGGGCAACCACGUACUCAACGUGUAAAGAAGAUUGUUGGUAUUCUUCUAGUCAAACAAUGCGUGCUUUUAGAUCCCAAAGAUGCCACACCCCUUCGCAACAUUCGUCUCAACAAGGUUCCUUUCGUUCCCAAUAACGAGCCAUUGCUGGGUAUCUUGGACAAAUUUCAGGAAGGUAGAAGUCAUAUGGCAAUUGUUAGCCGAUUCAGCGUCGAAAAGGCAGCCAGCGUAAAGAAAGCCGUCAAACAAGGCCUAUCUCAGCGUCUUCGCAAGCGUGUUGGAAUGGACACAGACUCCGACACUGAUUCCAGUGAGGACGAAAAGUCCGAUGGCAACAGGAAGAAACGCGUAGGUCGACGCCGCGCAAACAGGAAUAAGGACAUCGAAGAGGGUUUGACUGACGAUGGUACCACUUUGGAAGGCGACUCCCCCGGCAUCAAUGAGAUUGAUUUCGCAAAGUCCAGCGACAAGGACGAAAAGGCAACAGUUGUGAAAUCCGCACGCAAGGAAAAGAAGUCUCGCUCUGGCCCUGAGGGAGAGAAUAACGAUUCGAUUCCUGCUGCUGGGGAGGAAGGCAAGAAGCACAAAAUUACAACCUUCCAGUUACCGGCUGCUGCGAUGGAGAUGGCUUCCAUGUCUAUGCUUGAACAGAGGAUGCCCGCUGAUGCGGUCUUGGCUAAAGAGAAUGCAGAGGAUUUCCUGCAAAACUUCGACCCCGCUGUCAUGCCUCUAGGUAUCAUCACUUUGGAAGACGUCCUCGAAGAACUUAUUGGAGAGGAAAUCUAUGAUGAAUUCGAUCCCCAAGGCGCUCAUGGUGACCCAUACGAGGUUCCUGUUGAUCACUCGCACGAGGCUCGGACUGCUGCUGGCAUUAAUGUCGAAACUGUUGAUAUCUCUCCCAAUAUCAAGACUCCGACCCCAAUUUUCAAACCUAUGGCUUUGAAGGGGCUCGGUUUCUUACGCUCGCGUAGUGCCCCUCCUGUUCCGAGGGACGAAGUCCCACAUAUUGAGAAUAACAACAUCGGCCCCCAGGCCCACGGAGACGUUGUAGCGACAACCGCGUUGACCUUGAACCCAACCAUGGAAAGCCAGGUCACUGCCGUAGAGAUGCCCCAGCCCCUCCUUGUUCCAGGCGACGUUCGCCCGGUCGUUGCUGAGCAGCCCAGCGUUUCGUUUGCCGGCAUUGGUUCAUCGGCUGUCGACGAGACGAAAUUGAAACCGGUCGCCACUGAUCCAAUUAAUCUCUCGAUCCCACUUCCUGCUAUGUCAGCCGUAGAUCCUCGGAGUACCUCCCCAAUCCCGUCCCUUGAGGCGAUCCUUCUUGAUCGGAAAAGGCGGUUGGCGGCUGCUAGUUCUGGCAAUUCGUUUCCCAGCGUACCUCCAUCUGUCGCUAGCUCGAUUGCAAACUUAACUCUGGGAGUGAAUGAUGCGUCUACUGCAAACGUCACACGACCAGUGGGCAGCAUGCCGAAAGGGACUAGGUUUAAGAGCAGUCCGCUUAUCACUGGCAAGAGUGAGGUCGUUGGCGGGAAGGACGAGAAGGGCAGUGAAGUGAGGAAUGAUGGCGGCGAGGAGGAAGGGCGGAUAUCGAACGAGAUGGAGAAGUCUGGCCCGGAUAUACCUGAGUAG